AUGCCGCCUCCCGGCACUCCAGAUGGAGGGGGCUCUGCUUCUGUAUCUGCAACUGCAUCUCUCCCGGCUGUUUCCGCGGGCAACAAUGUCUCUGUAGAUGGAGAACCAGCCCCGGAGUUCUAUGGCAAACCCCCGUUCCGCGUGGCCAUAGACGACCUCCUCUCAGCUCUCGGCAUGGCGCUUCCAUACGUACCCCUAGAGGACGUCAUCUCGACGUGCAUCGACCUCUUUAUGCAGUGGGAGUUUCCGUCGAUCCCCGUUGUCUGCGAGCCACUCCUUCGACGGUCGAUCCACGUCGUCGUCCCGGUUCUCCGAGACGAGACCCCGGGCCGCCCCAUCUCAGACAUGAUCCCGACCCUGCGCGCCUUCGCCCUGCUGACGGCCCUCUGCGCCGUCGUCUCGGCCGUCUUGCCUCCCGAGAUCUUCCCAUCCGGCGUCGCGCUGUCGAUGCCGUUUCUGAGGACCUCGCGCGAGGCCCUCCGGCUCUACCAGGACUUGGACAUCGAGCAGCCGGAUUCGAGCUCCAUCAUCAUCCGCUACUUCCACUCCAACGCGCUUCACGCCCUGGGCAAGACGCGCGUGUCGUUUCACGCCAUGGGCGAGGCCCUCCGGCUCGUCCAGGAGAUGCGCCUGUACGACGAGUCUUCCUUCCGAGGGCUCGAGUGGCCAGAGAACCAUCUCAGGAGGAACACCUUCUGGCAUCUGUACAUUGGCGACAAGUCGGCCUCGAUACUGAACCAGGUCCCGAUCACGCUGCACCAGAUCUGCCUGGACACGCCCAUCACGACCCACUUCGACGAGAGCCAGGCAUGCGGGCUCAUGCAGCCCGAGGGGCCGGACACCGUCGUCUUCGAGGGCCACCUGCGCCUGUGUUUCCACCUCUGCUUCCGCCUGUGGUACACGGCCUCCGAGAUGCUCCUCGACCUCAACCUGCUCUCACGGCUACAGGGCAGCAGCAGAAGACGCGCGACAACCCUGUCCUCGACGGCGGCCGAGCCGGACGACGUACCAUCGAGCCUGAGGACCAGCACGAUGCAGUCGUACUUGGACUUCACCAGCAUCCUGCAGAGCUGUCCGGUCUGGCUCCGCGAUCCAGGGGCAGCGGUUCCCGACGGCGCGGGCGAAGCGACGGCGCGGUUCCGCACGCGGGCCAUCUCCGUCCAGAAGGCGAACCUCUUCGUCACCUUCCACACGCUCCGGCUCGUCCUCCUCACUCGCUUCUCCGAGCGCGGCUUCGCCGACGUCCUGGGCCUGACGGGGGACCCGGUCAUGCUCGCGAUGCGAAAGGUCGAGAUCGCGGGCGACCUCCUCGACGCCGUGUCGGACAUGCCCUUCGAGGCUCUGCAGGCCAACGGGGAACCUUGUGUUGAGAAACUACGGCAAAUCGGCGUGGCGCUGCUCGAGAUUAUCCACAACGUGAGCAGCGAGGUCAUUUCCGCCCGCGCCCGAUCGCUCUUCGGCACAUUGCUGGAUGUUCUGGCCCGGCUAAAUUCGAAGGUCUCGGACGAGCUGAGCAACGACUGCGAGUCAUGA